GACGGAACGAUCCCUUCAACGCCAAACAUCAACGGUCUUGUCGAAACAACACCGCCGACAAGAUGCCUACCCGUUUCUCGAACACCCGGAAGCACCGCGGCCAUGUGUCUGCCGGUUACGGUCGUAUCGGCAAGCACCGCAAGUCCCCCGGUGGUCGCGGUAUGGCCGGUGGUCAACACCACCACCGUACCAACAUCGACAAGUUCCACCCUGGUUACUUCGGUAAGGUUGGUAUGCGGUACUUCCACAAGACCAACCAGCAGUUCUGGAAGCCCACUGUCAACGUUGACAAGCUCUGGUCCCUCGUCCCCGCUGAGCAGCGUGACGCCUACCUGAGCGGCCAGAAGACCGAUGUCGCCCCCGUCAUCGACCUCCUGCCCCUCGGCUACUCCAAGGUUCUUGGAAAGGGCCGUCUCCCCCAGAUCCCCGUCGUCGUCCGUGCCCGCUACGUCAGCCGUGACGCCGAGGAGAAGAUCAAGGCCGUCGGUGGUGUUGUUGAGCUCGUCGCAUAAGCGUUGAUUCGUCGAGAAAUUUCUGGAGAAGGCGGGUGAAUAGGGGCAAUUUCAUGAAGCCCUAGCUGUGUUCGUUCGCCAGCAUGGAGGACGAUCGGAACUCAAAAUGAGAUCUGCCCGAACCGAAAUCAAGUCGGUUCGGGCGGUCGAAAAUAAAAAGGGUUUUUUUGUAUGCAAUCAGCAUAGCAUAUGGCCUCCAAAUGCCCUUACGAUUUCAUCAGUGUGUUGAACAAAUACCAUAAGGAGGAUUUUU